GUAAAAUGAAGAACAAAAAUUUCACCGCUUGAUUGCCAAAAACAGCCGAUUCCCACAGCAAGUGGCAAAAGAGAGAAUCUAUGCCAUCAUCUUCAAAGGCAAAUAGACAAACCCAGCAUCACUUUCAAAGAAAGCCCCACCUUCUUCAAAUGGCCUUUCCUCACCAUCAACAACCGCUAUUUUCACACCCAACAAUAUAAUAAUACUACGAAGAAACUUGCCAUUGCCCAUGUGGGCCCCCUCGAGAGUUCAUGUGAGCACACAUCCCCACACACACAAUCAUUGAUCCCCUUUCAUCAUCACUUCACAAGAUUUCAUUCUACUACAACAUAUUUGCGUAAUCCUAUCAUUCUUCUUCUUCUUCUUCUUCUUCUUCUUUGUUGUUGGUUUAAGGAGAUGUGGAGCAAUCUCCCAAAUGAUCUCCUCGCCAACAUCUUCUCCUACCUCCCCCCGGACUCCCUCGCCCGGGCCCGCGCCGCCUGCAGAGGCUGGCGCGCCACGGCCGAGCUGGCGGUUCCGCGGAACCGCCACCCGCCGUGGUUCCUGGCAUUGCCGGCCCGCAGCUGGGGCCUCACUUCCUGCUACGCCCACAACCCGAUCGAGGACAGCUGGCACCAACUGGAUCUCGAUCGGGGUGGCGCUAGCCUGCCGCCGCUGAAGCCGAUCGCGGCCAUCGGCGGCUUCAUCCUCAUGAAGCUCGCCUCCGCGACUCGGCUCCAGCUGGCGAUCUGCAACCCCUUCACCGCCCAACUCAGAGCCCUCCCCGCCCUCCGCGUCGCCCGGACCAAUCCGGCCGUCGGAGUGGUGGCGCCGCCGGGCCGCCGGAGCUUCCGAAUCUACGUGGCCGGAGGGAUGUCGGAGGCCGGCGGGGCCUACGAGCCGACCGUGGAGGUAUACGACUCCGCCGGCGCCGGCGAGUGGCGGGUGGCGGGGGAGAUGCCGGUGGAGUUCGCGGUGAGGCUGACGGUGUGGACGCCGAACGAGAGUGUUUACUGCGGCGCCGGCGACGGCGUGUUGUAUUGGAUGACGUCGGCGCGGGCGUACAGCGUGAUGGGGUUUGACAUUUCGUCGAACAGGUGGAGGGAGGUGGGCGUGCCGAUGGCGGACAGGCUGGAGUUUGCGGCGCUGGUGCGGAGGGAGGGGAAGGUGGCGGUGGUGGGGGGGACGUCGGGAGGAGGCGGGCGGGUGUGGGAGCUGGGCGGCGGGGAUCGGUGGGGGGCGGUGGGGGAGGUGCCGGUGGAAUUGGGGAUGAGGUUGUUGGGGGAGAAGAUGAAUUGGGGGUGUGUCAAGUGUGUGGGGAUUGAUGGGAUGAUUUGUUUGUAUAAGGAUCUUGGCUCUGGUAUUAUUGUUUGGAGUGAAGGGAAAUGGGAUUGGAUUCACGGAUGCUCUUCCAUUCCUAGCAUCCCAAUCAAGGGAGUCUUGCUUCUACCCGAUCUUGCAAGAUCGCCAUUACUAUGAUGUUCGGUUUGAUAGACUAAAUAAGAUUCAGUUUCGUGAAUAUUGUUCGAUUUUGUAGAUAUGGUCCGAUACAUAAAUCUUAAAAUCGAAAAAGGAUUUCUUCUCAA